GGAAGAAACAAAAUUCAAAUCAUCAAAAAGAAUAAAAAAAACUAAAAAAUAAAUAAUCCCCCCACGAUUGGCCGCAAUGGGCCCAUGUUUGAAUGUGUACCCAAGAAAUAAAAAUAAAAUAAAAUAAUAAACUCUUUCAGGAAUGAUUGAUUCUAUUGGCUGAACCACGCAUUUAUAAUUUAUAGUGCAUCAUCAUUAGCCAAUCACAAUUGCAUGUAAAACACACACACACACACCACACCCACAACUGUGUGUUUCUCUCUCUCUCCCUCCCGUUGACUCUACGUCACUCCGCCAUUAAAAUAACCUCUCCCACAGUCCCAAAAUCCAAGCUUUUCUCGACCAUAUUUACAUCAAAGAACAAUCUUCGGAAACUCCGAUGAAUUUUCCCCGCCGUCCCAUCACGAUUUCCGCGCUCAUCUUUUUGUUGACCGUUUUGCCCCUCGCCUUUCCCAAAGAGACAUCUUCAAGCACCGACCACCAAUUUCCCCGGCCAUUGAUCCUCGAAAUUAAUGAAUCCCACCACUUGAAAAAAUCGCCGGCCGCCGAAGAAUCCGAAUUGCAGUGCACAAGCUGGCGGGUGGCUGCGGAGGCGAAUAAUCUAAGCCCAUGGAAGAAAAUUCCAGACGAGUGCGCUGAUUACGUGAAGGAGUAUAUGGAAUACAAGGGUUACGAAAUUGAUCUUCAGAGGGUUUCUAAUGAGUCCGUACUGUACGCAAGAACCCUAAAUUUGAGUGGUUCGGAUGGUAAAUUUUCGUGGGUUUUUGAUGUGGAUGAAACCCUGCUUUCCAAUCUUCCCUAUUAUGUUGACCAUGGUUAUGGGUUGGAAAUAUUUGAUGGUGAGAAAUUUGAUGAGUGGGUUGAAAAGGGUGAGGCCCCUGCUUUGAAGUCUAGUUUGAAGGUUUAUGAAGAGGUUCUAGCGUUGGGGUUUAAGGUUUUCUUGUUGACCGGUCGGAGCGAAAGGUUCCGGAAUAUUACGGCCCGGAAUUUGGUCCGGGCUGGAUUUCGGAAUUGGGAUAAGCUCAUUUUGAGAUCGACAGAGGAUAACGGAAAAACAGCGAUAAAGUACAAGUCAGGAAAGAGAAACGAGCUCGUGCAAGAAGGUUAUAAAAUAUUGGGGAAUUCGGGAGAUCAAUGGAGUGAUUUAUUAGGUACUUCCAUUUCCGAACGUUCGUUCAAGCUUCCCAAUCCAAUGUAUUAUAUUCCUUAACCAGACACUAAUCUUGUCUGAAUACUUUCUGGUUCAAUGUGAACUAGGAAAAAAAAUUGUAUUAUAUUAUAUAUUUAUAUAUUAUUAUUUUAU